GCUGCUGCGUUUCUUCCUUGCACUCGCUGCUACCUCCGGGGGUUGAGUUUCCUGGGCGAGACGGAUGCAGCUGCAGUUCCGGGAGCCAGCCGGGGGUUGAGCCGCUGCUGACCGGGGGAGAGACCUGGAUCCGAGCCCCCUCCGCGCCCAGCCCUGGCGGGGGACUUUCUCCGGGGGCUGGAACCAGCCCCGGGCUCUGCCAACACCAGCCCCUGAGCCGGAGCCUGCAGGAGCUGGUGGCUUUCCAUGAGGAGUCUGCGCCUCUCUGCAGGGUGCAGCGGGCUGGCGGAGAGCCCUCCGCAGGGACGCCAUGCAGGAGAAUUAUGAGACGCUGAUAUCUCUGGAAGAGAUGGCCAUCAGCAUGCCGCGAAUCACUGCGAUGGCCGAAUCCCAUCGCAGGGAGCUGGUGUCGGCGGGAUUUCCAAUUUCUAAGCCUGACCUGCUCUCCUGGAUGGAACGAGGGGAAGAACCGUGGGUCCCAGAUCUCCAGGCCUCUGAGGACAGGGAGAUCCCGAGAAGCAGCAGUCCAGGUGAAGGGUCAGGGAGUGAAGAGGAGGAGGAGGAGGAGGAAGAAGAGGAGGAAGAGGAAGAGGAGGAGCAGCCACCAGGGUCUCCUGGGAAAACAGAGCUGCAGGAGACAUCAUCGGACAAAGAGGAGGUGGAGAAUCCCAGCCCAGGGCCGGAUGGGAAACUGCAGAACUUGGAGGGGAAGAAUCAGGACAAACCUGCCAGCCAGACAGGAGUCCUCAAGCAGCCGCCAGCGCCCACGGGCAUGGACAAGGCAUUCCGCUGCGCCGAAUGCGGGAAGACCUUCAGCCAGCGGUCCAACCUGAUCCGGCACCAGCGCCUCCACGCAACCGACAAGCCCCACAAGUGCUCCGAGUGCGAGAAGAGCUUCGGCGAGCCGGCGGCGCUGGCCCGGCACCAGAAGUCCCACGCGGCCGGGAAGCCCUUCCAGUGCGGGGACUGCGGGAAGGGCUUCAACUGGAGCUCCCACCUGGAGCGGCACCGGCGCAUCCACACCGGCGAGCGGCCCUACGAGUGCGGGGACUGCGGGAAAGGCUUCAGCGUCAGCUCCCACCUGGAGCGGCACCGGCGCGUCCACACUGGCGAGCGGCCCUACGAGUGCGGGGACUGCGGGAAAGGCUUCAGCGUCAGCUCCCACCUGGAGCGGCACCGGCGCAUCCACACCGGCGAGCGGCCCUACGAGUGCGGGGACUGCGGGAAAGGCUUCAGCGUCAGCUCCCACCUGGAGCGGCACCGGCGCGUCCACACUGGCGAGCGGCCCUACAAAUGCGAGGAGUGCGGCAAGCGCUUCACCGUCAGCUCCACCCUGACCCAGCACCGCCGGGUCCACGCCGCCGACAAGCCCCACCGGUGCCAGGACUGCGGCAAAGCUUUCGGGCUGGGCGCUGCCCUCCUGGCCCACCAGCGGAAGCACCGGGGGGAAAAACCUUUCCAAUGCCCUGAGUGUGGCAAAGCCUUCGGCUUCACCUCCCACUUGGAGCGGCACCGGCGCGUCCACACCGGGGAGCGGCCCUUCCAGUGCGACGACUGUGGGAAGAGCUUCAGCCGCAGCUCCCACCUCUACCGGCACCGGCGCGUCCACACCGGGGAGAAACCGCGGAAAUGCGCCGACUGCGGGAAGAGCUACCAUCUCAGUGCCACCACCGUGGCCCAGCUCCAGGCCGCACCUGCUGGCAGCGGGAGGGAUCCCACCAAGUGUGCCGACUGCGGGCGCCGGCGCGUGCCGCCGCCGGCCGCCGUACCGGAGCCUGCCCCGGCACCUUCGGGCUGCGCGGAUAAACCCCACAAGUGCCCUGAGUGUGGGAAGGGCUUCGGACAGAGCUCCUCGUUGGUGAAGCACCAGCGGAUUCACACCGGCGAGCGGCCCUUCCAGUGCGGCGAGUGCGGCAAAUGCUUCGGCUGGUGCUCGGCCCUCAUCAAGCACCGGCGCAUCCACACUGGGGAGCGGCCGUACCGCUGCGGCGACUGCGGGAAGGCCUUCAGCGUCAGCUCCCACCUGGACCGGCACCAGCGUGUCCAUGCAGGCGACAAGCCGCACCGCUGCCCCGAGUGCGGGAAGGGCUACGGUGAGCCGGCGGCGCUGGCCAAGCACCAGAAAUCCCAUGCCGCCGGAAAGCCCUUCCAGUGCGGGGACUGCGGGAAGGGCUUCGCUUGGAGCUCCCACCUGGAGCGGCACCGGCGCAUCCACACCGGCGAGCGGCCCUACGAGUGCGGGGACUGUGGGAAAGGCUUCAGCGUCAGCUCCCACCUGGAGCGGCACCGGCGCGUCCACACCGGCGAGCGGCCCUACAAAUGCGACGAGUGCGGCAAGGCCUUCGCCGUAAGUUCCACCCUGGCCCAGCACCAGCGGGUCCACUCUGGCGGCCGGCCCCACCGCUGCAAAGACUGCGGGAAGCGGUUUGCGGCGGGGGCCCAGCUGCUGGCCCACCAGCGGGCCCACCGGGGCGAAAAACCCUACCCCUGCGGCGUCUGCGGCAAGAGCUUCGGCUUCAUCUCCCACCUGGAGCGGCACCGGCGCGUCCACACGGGCGAGAAGCCGUACAAGUGUCCCGACUGUGGCAAGGCCUUCAGCCGCAGCUCCCACCGCAACCGCCACCAGCGCGCCCACGCUUCCGCCUCCCAACACCGGCCCUUUAAGGGAGGGGGCGGGGCUGAGGCGGAGAAAGACUCCGCCCCCUCUGGCCCGGCCAAACCACAGAGAGGCCCUGCCGCCGCCGCUGAGGCUGCCCUCUCCCUCCUGCCAACCUGGUGGGGGGGAAGGGGAGAGGAGGAGCAGCCAGCCCCCGGCCUGGGCGGAGGACGCCACAGCGGCAGCCGUGCCCUUCCCCCACACUGCCGGGGGGCUGCGAGGAUGGGGCAUGAAAGCCUUCCCUGCCCCGGACGUGGCUCCCACCCCGUGGCGGCUGGGGGAUGGUAGCUCAGGCUGGGCGUCCGCCCUGCCCCAGGAGGCCUGGCCCCAGCUGCCGCCCACUUCCUAACCAGCCUCCCGUCCUUCUCCGGAGCUGUUUACUGGGGCCAGUGCCCCCCCGCCCCCUUCCCAGAACGGGACAGGCAACAGGCCCGCCUCUCUAGGACAGACAGUGGGUGCUCCUGGCAGCUGUCGGGCGCUAACCCAGCCGCCCCACAGGGCAGGGAUACGGUCUGAUCAACGAGAGGUGGUCUCCCGCCACGCACGCACCCACCCGUGCCCUGUCCCGUGGCCGCCACUGGCCUGAGGAUGUGUCACCCCCGAGAGCACCAGGCUCACCCCCGGAUCCCACGCCUGAGGGGGAUGGGAACCAGAGGGGAGGAGGUCACUUGAGUAUCGGGGAGGUGUGGGGGGGAUGAGAAUUAGCAGGGGAGGGGGGCAAAUUAAGCACCUGGAGCACAAAGGAGGAGGUGAGGACGAGGUGCUGGGAGGGGGCAGGAUUGAGUGCUUGGGGGGUAGGGUUGCCACCCAUGUAGUUUUCACCCAGACAGUCUGGGUUUUGGCUUGUGUGUCCGGGUGCCAUUUGACAAGCCCUGAUGUCCAUUUUUUUUUAAUCGGGGGGGAACAGGGAAGAGGCGGAGCAGGGGUGUGGGGCCUCAAGGAAAGAGGUGAAGGGGCAAGGCCUCAAGGGAAGAGGUAGAGAAGGGGCGGGACCUCAGGGGAAGAGGCGGAGAAGGGGCAGGGCCUCGGGGGAAGAGGCGGAGAAGGGGGAAGGGCCUUGAGGAAGAAGCAGAGGGAUGGGGAUUCAGGACUCCGGUUACCAGCCAUUAGAAACGUGACCAACCUAUUUGGGGGGCUGGCAGAGGUGGGGACUUGUGUUUGGGGAACUGGGUGGGGAUGGUUGAUGGGUGCAGGGGGUGUGCAGGCGAUCGGGGUGCUGGCAGGGCUGAGAAGAGUCGGCCUCUGACUGAGCAUUGUGGGAAGGAAGAAUCUCAUCUCCACACUCAGUUGAGCAUCACAUUCAUAUAGCUCCUCUGGGUGUCACACUUAUACCAUUCCCAUCAACCAGCCCGCCCCCCCCACCUGAGUGCCACUUUUAUAUGAUUCCCCAACAGCCUCCCAGCCUGAAUGGUACAUUAUACUGUUCCCCAAUAGCCCCCGGUGGUGUCACAUUUGCACCGUUAGGCAAGUGAUUAUUCACAUUUCUGAUUCAGGGAGGUUUCACAGGAGACUCCAGGAUUUUUGCCGACACCAACACUGACAAUCGAGCAUAGGAGGCAGAGACCCGCGCGGGGGAAGGAAGUGAGACCCCAAUCCCAUUAGCAACAUGAGAUAGGAGUGAAAGGAGGAGAGAGGGAGAGGCUGGAUUUGGGACACAGCCGGGUUUGGUUUUGGGAAGCCGUGUCUGAGAACUCGCUGCAUGGGUGAGAAGCCAGAAAUGUCUGGAGCGGCAAGUGCUGAUCUCUGUGGCUACAAAUGACGCUGCAGAAGGAGUAAAGGGGGGUGUCUCCCCCCAGUUCCUCAAUAGGGCGAAUCUGACCUGAGAAGGAAGCCGGGAGAGAUAAUAGUCCAGGUCGCAUCAGAAUCCAGGCCAAUCCCCUCCACUCAAGCCACAGGCAGAAAGGCCUGACAGCCCAGCUGUUGUCCACUCACACUCACCCCCACAGGUACACUAGCACCAAGGGGACAGAACUGGAAUUGGAGACAGAGGCCCUGCUGGAAUCUGUCCCCUGCCUGGGAGAUCAGCUGCCAGCAGAGAAGGAGUUAACAUUACAAUAUCCUGUAACUGUAACAACUGAUUCCUUACCUCCCAUUAAACCCCGAUCCUGGAAUUUCCUGGGCCUGGGUCAUUUGCUUUUAGAACUGGAUUCAUUGUUCUGUCUGUUUGCUUGUAAUUUAAGAUUCUUUAUUGUUUGGCGUGACGGGACCUAGAAUCAGCCAUGGACUCUGAUAUCUUUCCCCUGUAAAUGCAGCCUCCUGGAUUGGGAUCAGUGCAUUCGGGGUGGGCAGAAGGGUUCUUUCAUUUUGUUCCUUGCUUUUCACUAGCUGUAAUAAAGUAGCGCUUAAGUUUCCAACA